AUGAGGAAGGCAAUUAUACUGGCUGUCAUCUGUUCAACUGCAUUUGGAGUCUUGUGCCGAGGCUACAUACAGAAUGUUGCAAGAGCCUGUGACAAGCUGGGAUGUGGACACUAUGGAGCUAGACGCGUAGGGGGUCGUUCCCACGGAGGAGUUGAUGUUAAGUGCUCAGAUGGCUCUGCUGUUUACGCCCCAUUUGACGGUAAACUUGUUGGCAGGAUCAGACCCUACGGGAACAAAAACAAGAUCGACGAUGGCUUCAAGCUCAUUGGCAAUGGGCUGUGCGUGAUGUUUUUUUACAUUAAGCCUGAUAAAUACACAGGUAACGUGAAGAAGGGACAGAGGAUUGGGACCAUGCUACCCAUGCAGGCAGUCUACCCAGGCAUCACCUCCCACAUCCAUGUCCAGAUGUGUGACCGCUCUAAUCCCACCCGUUACCUGUGAAA